AUGGAGUCACGUGUAAUCACGUGCCAGAUCGUCCCCGCGAUACACGACUUCAGGCAACUGAGCACUGGACACUCACUCUGCCUUUUCAACGUCUCCCUGCAGCGGCCCAUCUAUAAACCCACGAUGGCUACACAGCAGUCUUACUAUGAGCUUUACCGGGGGAGCAGCCUUGGCCUGUCCCUGACGGAUACCCUUGACGAUCUGAUCAACGACGGCCGCAUCGAGCCUCAGCUGGCGAUGAAGAUUUUGUCCACAUUUGAUAAGGUGGUCACCGAGGUUCUGGCCGACAAAGUCCGAGCUAGACUGACGUUCAAGGGUCACCUUGAUACCUACCGAUUUUGCGAUGAAGUUUGGACGUUCCUGAUCAAGGACGUGACCUUCAAACUUGAUAACCAGACCUCAGUCACCGCAGACAAGGUGAAGAUCGUGACCUCAUCUUAUCGGUGCCGAUCAAAAUGUCCACCCUCAAUUGAUCCGCGUACAACCAUCUCGCACACCCCCGGGCAAUUCACCAAGCACGGCAAUAUGCCGAGGACACUUCCGUGGCUCCUGAAUCAUGAGAUAGAGAGACACGUAAAACACGAGUCGACGCCUCGCAAGCGCGUCAAACGAGAACACCCCCCAGAUAACAAUCGAACUCCCAUAAACCCCCCGGCGUCGCCAGACAGGCGAGACUUCUUCAGAUCUUCUCAGACGCCUCCUACGUCGCCAGCCCGACCCUGCCCCGCGCAAGAGUUUUUGAUUGAAGGCCUGGGCAAUGAUGAUGCCUGGAUAAUGGUCGAAGAUGAGUUCUAUGCUGUCGCGCAGUCAUUCACGCAGCAUUUACAUUAUGCGGAGUACAUUCGACGAAAGAAGGCUGCUAAAGCCCAGAGCGCGUCGGCGAUACAGGAAAUCCAGAGGCCUAUAGAUGGAAGGACGCAGGUUCCAAAGGAGCUGCUUCGGAGAAAAGAGGCCGAGGCACUUGCGACCCGACAAAAAACCGGGCUCGCGCAACUUGGGUUGCAGCGAGAGCCUGGCGAGAACAUUGACGAGGAUGAUGAGGAUGAUGUAUGGGCUGGAACUCAUCUUCAUGGUCUUAUGAUGAGUCCCCGAAAGUCUCGGUCGUUGGUGGGUGCCCACGCAGUAAAAUCAUAUACCAGAGCUGCGGCAGGAUUCGGACAAACACCUAGUGUUGCUCAUGGCAGGGGCCGACUGGCUGGUAAUCCUCCGUCCAGCCCACCAUAUAGAGCAAUGGAAGCCCAAAGGGUCGAGCAUGAUGGAGAGACAACGUCAGAUGAGGAUGAUGAUCUCGAUGGAGCGGCUUCGACGGUCAUUGCAACACAAGCUCGUUCAGAAUCUACGCCAAACCGACGGGAUACGUCAGUUGCAAACAUCAUGAACCAUAAGCACGACGUGCAAGAAUCUACAAAGAGAAUGCAAUCAGUUCCGGCGCGGACAAUACCUAGACCAGUGAAGGAUUUCAAGUCCAGAGUUCAGAUGUUAUUUGAUGAUCUUGAUGAGCUUCCAGAACCAACGCGUUCCAACACUUCUAUCUCUGACAAGAAAAAGGACCAGCCCACUUCAGAUGAUACCCAAGAGCGUGGUCCUGGAAACAACAAUUUGGUGUCCAAAAGAUCGCGUUAUAACGACGUCCCGACUUUUUUGAUGUGA